GUUACACGUCAGUCCACAUUAACAAGUGCUGUGACACUCGAUUCAUACAAAAAUCUUACUAAUACUUAUAGCAGUUGUAUGGUAAUAUGUGCAAACCUGUACGGACUAUAACCAUGAGGGCGGUUCUGCCCGUUUUUAUGGCAUUAAUCGCGCUAAACAAAGUAUCGACUGAAACUAUUGGCAGUAUAGCGACGAUCAAUACCUAUGACGGCAAACAAUUGGGGCCCUACAUUGUGAAAGAAAUUCACUCUCAUUCAGAUCCCGAAGCGCACGCAUUAGUGGAAGAGGGAAGUGGCGACAUAAAUUCCGCUGACGACGACACUGAGGGAGGUGACGAUGACCCUUCUAACGGACUUCCGGUACGUCAAGCACAAAAUGAACUAGCAGUUCCAGCUCAAUCUACACCAACGCCUGUGGUGACUCAAUCGAAACCGGAAGCCUCAUCAAAACCUCUAGUGACUCAACCUGAACCAACACCAUCAUCUAGAGUUCCACAACCAGAACCAACACCAUCACCUGGAGUUCCACAACCAGAACCAACACCAGCACCUGGAGUUCCACAACCAGAACCAACACCAGCACCUGGAGUUCCACAACCAGAACCAACACCAGCACCUGAAGUUCCACAACCAGAACCAACACCCGCACCUUCAGUCUCUCAACCACAAGCGACACCAGAAUUUACCAAGCCAAGCCAACCGUCAACCCCCGACGGACCGACAACGGUAGAAGUUUCUCCGUGCUACACGAGCUGCAGGGCGCUGGUACCGCAAGUGUCGCUCACGCUCAUCCCAGACAAGAACUUGGUAAAAAAAGGAUCCACAAUAGCGUUUACUUGCAGAUUAAAUGGCAUCACGGAAAAUGGAACUUCUCAAUUCCUCCAAGACACCUCACUUCACUGGGAAUAUGAAGGCGGUGAUCCACCGCAGAGCUGGUGUGCUCUAGACGACCAGCCAUACAGGACCAAGUGUGAGAACUUCAACGAGAUCAGGCAGUUCACGGAGCGCAACGCAAGCUUCUUGAGCUCCCAUAUCGUCGUCACUGACAUCGACGUACACAACUUCGGAUACUUCAAAUGCCAAGUUCGCGUGGAAUGCUGCUCCAGCAUCCUGCAGCAUGAACUAUCUCGCUACGUGACUGUGUGGGAGGCCGAUUAUUCGGUUUACAUCAUAGUUAUGUGUGGCGUGAUAGCCAUGCUGUCGCUCACCAUCAUCGCCUGGCUCGUCUACAGGAAACACGUCGACAGGACACGAAUGCGGGCUUACAAACAGGUACAAAUAAUAUGCUUGCCAAACCCUCG